UGGGGCGGUGCGGGGCGAUGUGGGGCGCUAUGGGGCGAGCGGGGCUGCGGGCUCUGUCCGGGGGGGGUGCCCCUAAUUCCGGGAGGACCCUGGAAGGGAAGGUGGCUCUGGUGACCGCCGCCACCGACGGGAUCGGGCUGGCGGUGGCGCAGCGCUUGGGGGCGGCGGGUGCCCGGGUGCUGCUGAGCUCCCGGCGGCAGCACAACGUGGACGCGGCCGUGCAGAAGCUGCGGGCUCAGGGCCUGGAGGUCAGCGGGGUGGUUUGCCAUGUGGGGCAGCCCCGGGACCGGCAGCGCCUGGUGCAGACGGCAUUGGACACCUAUGGGGCCAUUGACAUCCUGGUCUCCAACGCCGCCGUCAACCCGGUCAUGGGCAGCACGCUGGAGGUCGAGGAGGCGGCCUGGGAGAAGAUCUUCCAGGUGAACGUGACGGCAGCAGCCAUGCUGGUGAAGCUGGUGGUGCCCCACAUGGAGAAGAGAGGUGGAGGAGCCGUGGUGUUGGUGACAUCGGUGGCUGGGUUUAUGCCCUUCCCGGCUCUGGGUCCGUACAGCGUGAGCAAAACAGCGCUGCUGGGGCUGGUGAAGGUGUUGGCCCCGGAGCUGCGCGCCCGCGGAGUGCGCAUCAACGCCGUCGCCCCUGGACUCAUCCAGACCCGCUUCAGUGCCGCUCUGUGGGAGAACGAGGCCACCAAGGAACAGCUGAUGUCCGCCAUGGGGAUCGACAGUGUCCUUCCCUGUCCCCAGGCUGGGAACGCCAUCGGAUGUGGCCGAGGUGGUUUCGUUCCUCUGCUCCCCUGCUGCUUCCUACGUGGUGGGAGAGACCAUGGUGGUGGCCGGGGGGACCCCAUCCCGCCUAUAACGGACCCCAGGGAGUGUGGGGAUGGCAUCACUGCGUGGCACCGGGGGGUGGACUGUGAGAGACAUCUGUGUCUGUAGGGGAGCUCUGGGGACACCUGAUGGGACACUGAGGUUUAGUCUUGGAGGAUGAGGGGACCUGUAGGGAACAUCCAGCUCCACAAGAGGCACUUGGGGCCAUUUGAGGGGAGCUGGGACCUGCAGAAAACUUCUGGGUGUGCCAUGGAGGUUUUUGUAGGCCCCAGUGUCUCCUUGGAUGUCCCCAUCGUGUUUCUAGGGGGAUCAGCAGGGAAUACUGAGGCUUACAGAAGCGUAUGGGGACAUCUGGGGUGGUCUAUAAGGAAUAUUGAGGGCUGUAGGGGGUGUUUAUGGCAUUUGUAGGGGAUAUUGUGGUCUACAGAGAAGUUUAGGGGGGCUUGUAGGAGACGCUGAAAUCAAUAUGGGGCGUUUGGGGCAAUCUGUGGUGACAUGGAGGCCCAUGGGAACACCCUCAGGGACACCAGGAUCCAUAGGGGACACUCUAGGAGCAAUCAGGUAGAUUUGGGGUGACUUCAGCAUUUUUGGGGCACUUUGGAUCCCCCAAUAAAUCCACUGACACUGCCCUGGUCACAGCUCAGAGGUGUCUGUUUGGGGCCAACAUGGAGAGCCAUCAUAGCGCUCAACAUGGGGGCGACCAUCUUGACGUUGCUGGCAGCCAUCUUGAAGGGACAGGCAUUAUCUUGAGCUGGCAUCUUCUUGGACCCUUGGGGCCUCCUGUGAUAUCCCCAUUUCAUCAUGCUCCCUGUUACCACUAACGAGCAGCACAAUGGCAGUUAAUGGGGUCCAUUUAUUGCCAGGGACAAUUAAUAAUCAUAGAAUCACAGACUUGUGGAGGUUGGAAAAGAUGCACUCCAGACUAUUUUUGUAUAAGCAGCUCGUUAAGCAAUACCUGAAUACCACCCAAAUUCAUGGCUGGGUGUGACCUCUGCAAACAUGGUUUUGGAAUGACUCUGUUUUGGAGUCAUUGAGACACAUCAGCAAAAAAAUGAAGAGACUUUGUGGGAA